AUUUGUUACCAUAGUGGAACCAGGCUUGAGGCCAUGUGUAGCAACAACAGUGACAAUGCAAGAACAACGACCAGCUGGAAACACUCGAAAAGCAGAGAAGUAGAGUGUGAAAAACACAUCAGUAAGUCACUGGAGAACAUUCGCACCGAGUGUCAUCAACUGAAUGGUGCAAACAAGUCUGACCCAAAGAGAAAUCCUGCCGGUCAUCGAAGAUGUCGGUCGUAUUCUAACAACUGCAAGUUUCUCGCCUCACCGGGUGUGCCGCUCGGUGGUGAGCACAGCGACGGGUCAUGUGUUGUUGUACGCGACGAGGCCGUCAGUGUUGAUGAGAUAUACGGGGGUAGAGACGCGGCCGUCAAGACCGAUGUGCAGCUCAGGUUGUUGGUCAUCUCCAGUAAAAUAAGAAACACUUCAGCAUUACGGCAUGCUCUUCAUGCAAACGUCAUUUGUGUCUGCUACAACUAUGACAGUCAUACUUUAGACGACCUGUUAGGUCUGAUUCAGCACACAUUGGGUAAACGUCGUGUGUCAAGCUUUGCAUUCAUCCUCAGCUGUACUGGAUCCAAUCUUCAGCUCUGUUCCAGGGAAGAUAAGGUGUUAACCAAAGCCACUGUUUUAGAAGAUGCCGGAAUCAAGCAUUUUUUUACCACACUGUGUAAAGAGUGCCUGGAGGGAGCUAACUGCCGUGUGGAUUUCCUUGCCUGCACGUCGUACCAGCAGAAUGAAGUGAAGCAGAUGGCCGAGGAACUCGAGCUGCAGCUCGGGGUUCCUGUUGGGAUAUUUAAGGACUUCUAUGGAGCUGACCAUACUUCACAGCCAAAGUUGGAAGAUGGUGGGAAAGUCAGCUCUGUCGGGGAGUUGUAUUUCAAAGUGGAAAAGCUGCGAGGAUGGAGUGGGCGACACCAGCAAUCCUUAGCAGGGUUUGAGAAAAUCAGAACAGUCGGCAAAGGUGCAUACGGGGCCGCAGUGUUAUACAAGAAGAAGGAUGAUGAUUCUCUAGUGAUCCUCAAAGAGAUAAAUAUGCAUGAUCUAAACGCCUCUGAGAGACAGCUCGCACUGAAUGAGGUCAGCGUUCUGGCUCUCCUCGAUCACCCGAAUAUCAUCAGCUACUACGACAGCUUUGAAGAAGAUGGUGUACUGAUGAUAGAGAUAGAAUAUGCAGAUGGAGGAACACUGGCUCAGUUUCUCUCUCAGCAAGAGAAGUCACUAGAAGAGAAAGACAUUCUGACAAUGUUUCAACAAAUAGUUGCUGCAAUUCGGCAUAUACAUGAACACAACAUACUCCACAGGUUGAUUUGUACAUACAGUUGCUAUCAUUUGUCAUAUCCAGACUUUCUUACACACCUGUUGUGUGAAGGAAAACAGUACAGCUUCAAGUCUGACAUCUGGGCUCUUGGCUGCAUUCUCUAUGAAAUGGCAUGUCUACAGAAAACAUUUGAAGGUUCCAAUCUUCCAGCCUUGGUGAACAAGAUCAUGAAGGGCCAGUUUGCCCCGGUGAAAGGCAGCUACAGUGCUGAGUUCAGAGACCUGAUCAUGGACAUGCUUCAGAAAGAGGCCGAGGACCGACCGGCAGCCAAUGAAAUCAUGUAUCAAAGACUUCCAGUGUUGAUGAGCAGGUUUGAGGAACCAGAAUCGGAUCCUGAAGAGGACUUGUCUGCAGAGAAUAUAAGCAAGAAAUCAAAAAUCAGAUCUGUGCUGUACUACAUGGACGUUUCCACUUGCUUUCUGAUGUGUUUCUCUGCUUUGCCACCUAGAAUGAAAAUUCGACAGGUUGCCAUUGGCCCAAACCAUGUAGUUGUCAUAACAAUGGAACACCAGGUGUACAGCUGGGGAGAAGGUAACCAUGGGCAACUGGGACAUGGUAACCAGGAGAGACUAUCACAGCCCGUGAUCAUUGAGGCCCUGAAAGGGAAAUCUGUGUCAUUUGCAUGUUGUGGUGAUGGUUUCAGUAUCUUUGCCAGUAACAAUGGUCUUGUUCUCACAUGUGGUGAUGGAUCGAAAGGUUGCCUGGGACAUGGUGAUUGGUCCGAUCAAGCCAAACCCAGACUCAUUGAAACUUUACUCAGCUUGGACGUCACCGCCAUUGCGUGUGGUACCAGUCACGUGGUUGCUGUGGGUAGUAAGGGCGAGGUCUUUUCCUGGGGCCAAGGUGCAGAUGGUCGGCUUGGUCUCGGCAGUGACGAGAAUCACUGUGUGCCUGCCAAAGUAAAGAUUGAUGAGCCAGUGAUGUUGCAGCGUGUGUGGUGUGGUGAAGAUGGGACGAUGUUUCUGAGCGACGUUGGCAGCGUGUUUGCAUGUGGGAGUAAUGAAAACAACAAACUUGGCUUGAACAACAGACAGGGCUUUCUCAUGGCCAUGAAGAACAUCUUCACAAAGACGGAGGUUGAAGGAAAGACAACUCUGACCCCUGUGCGUGCCCUGGCCCGGCACCGUGUGACUGAUAUAUCAAUGGGACCUCACCAUUCUGCUGUGAUAGUAGAGUCCGGUCAUGUCUAUAUGUUUGGGCGCAACAGUGAGGGCCAGCUCGGAACGGGAAACCAGAAAUCUUCCAACGCGCCCGUCGAGGUGAAGUCUAUAGCAGAGAAGUCGGUCAAUCGCGUUCAGUGUGGGAAAUACUACACGGUGGUCAGUACGAAGAACCACGAGUUGUAUUACUGGGGUCUGCGGUUCACGUCUCCGUCGCCGUCAAUCCACGACGACACUACAAGCCAGUCGAGCAUCGCCGGCAGUGAGGCGAGCAUGUCAGCCGCGGUGAGUCGUGACGACAUCCGCCUGGAGAGCGUCACUCCACGUGCUGCGGGUCACUCACGAAACUCGAGUGCCACCAGCACAAACAGCGGAUCGGCAACGUUGAGAGAAUCGGCUGUAGCAGGUCAAGAGGGUGAGAGGAAAAGCUUCAAUAAGGCUAGAGAUGACUCACAUUCCAACCAGAAGAUGGACAGACAAGUCAGCUGUGAUAAGGUGCAGACGGACAGACAAGUCAGCUGUGAUAAGGUGCAGACAGACAGACAAGUCAGCUGUGAUAAGGUACAGAUGGAUAGACAAGUCAGCUGUGAUAAGGUGCAGACGGACAGACAGGUCAGCUGUGAUAAGGUGCAGACGGACAGACAAGUCAGCUGUGAUAGUCUGAUGUCGCACACAGACAGUGGAAUUCAGACAUCGUCUACCAGUGACUUCAGGCCAGGCUUUCGACCUCUAAGCAGUCUCACACGACGUUCCAUAAGUGCAAGCAGUCGUGAAAACGUGAAAGAGAAGGAAAAAGAGAAAAUCAAAGAAAUAGAUAAAGACAAGGAAUUGUUUCGGGAUGAUUCAGUUUUAUUCACAGAGCCCAAGGAAAUUAUUAGAAUAAAACAGGAGAACGAGAAGGUGUUGCUGGGUAAUUUCUUCUGCCAUGGAGAAAACCUCUUCAUUCAGCUGGAAACAACAGCACCUCCCCCCAGGAAAAAGGCUCUCAAAAAGAGAAGUAUUAGAAAGCGGUCCCACCACGUAACGCCAUCAACAGACAGUGUUAAAAACCAGACUGCUUCAAGUCGUGACGGAGGGGAUGAGUAUUCGUCUGAGGCGUCUGAGAUUGACUCGCACGCAGCUAUUCCUGCCUGGUUACGAGAAGAACUGACAACAGAAGCAGAAGAGAUGCAUGAUGGGAAUGAAGCAGAUGACACAACUGACCAAUCAGAUACUGAUUUGCGAAGUCAUGGCAUUGACAGCUCAAUGUCCAGUAUUCAGAUCAGUAGAGCUCUAACUCCAGUUAGUCCUCGGGUAUCAACACAGUUCAGAUCCGUCUUCGCUGUACAACAGACAACACAAAAGCAGCUGAUGCCCCGGCCCCGGACAGUGUCGGCAACCAGUAGCGGCAGUAACCUGGAUAUUGUGUCCGAUACGUGUAGCAGUGCCAGUGAACCAGUCGACAGGAAACAGGAGAAAAAUGAACUGGCUGCUGAAGAUAGGAAUCGGAAAAUAUCUACAACAGGAAGCAGUGAGACGUCAGCUACAAAACUUAAAGUAAUUCCAAAUAAAAAGGUGUUGGCAAAAAAGCGAUUACGAGGAAAAGGUUCCAGUAAAAGUGAUGUAGAACUCAAAGAUCAGAUUGCUGCUCGAGGCUUUGUGUCCGACGCCACCGUGAAGCGAAGAGAAGAAUCACUGCUGUACGAGUUGGACCAGCUCAGGACCGAGAAGCGUAUUGCAGAGGCGAAGAUUCGUAACAUGGAGUCGGAACAGAGGCUGAAACAGGAGGAGGUGGAGCGACACGAAGACAGACAGGCUUUGCGACGAGAAGAGAAGCUGAAAGAAGAAAUCGAGUGUUUGAAAGUACAGCUGCAGUCUCAGAGUUGUCUACUUCAAAACAAUCAGAAAAUGGUUCACGAACUGCAGACCCAGUUGAGCAGUAUCCAGUCUGAACAGAGGAGGAUGCAGUUGGCUAGCUCGACACCUCGAGCCGAAUCUCGCGCGUCUACACGAAGUAGUAAAGUGUGCAGCCUGCAGUAAACACAUCACAGCCGUCCGGCCGUUACUUCAAGGGUGUAAAGUAUGCAUCUUGCACUAAACACAUCACAUCGAUCUGACCAUUAUCUCGGGUAUAAAGUGUGCAGUCAACAUCACAGCCGUCCGACUGUUAUUUGGUGUAAAGUGUGCAGUAAACACAUCCAAGCUAUCCAUUUAUUAUCUUGGGUAUAAAGUGUGCAACCUGCAGUAAACACAUCACAGCCAUCCAUCCAUUAUCUUGGGUAUACAUGUAAAGUGUGCACCCUGCAGUUAACACAUCACAGCCAUCCAUUCAUUAUCUUGGGUAUAAAAUGUGCAGCCUGCAGUUAACACAUCACAGCCAUCCAUUCAUUAUCUUGGGUAUAAAGUGUUGAACCCUGCAGUAAACCCAUCACAGCCAUCCAUCCAUUAUCUUGGGUAUAAAGUGUUGAACCCUGCAGUAAACACAUCACAGCCAUCCAUCCAUUAUCUUGGGUAUACAUGUAAAAUGUGCACCCUGCAGUUAACACAGCCAUCCAUUCAUUAUCUUGGGUAUAAAAUGUGCAGCCUGCAGUUAACACAUCACAGCCGUCCAUUCAUUAUCUUGGAUAUAAAGUGUUGAACCCUGCAGUAAACACAUCACAGCCGUCCAUUCAUUAUCUUGGGUAUAAAGUGUUGUACCCUGCAGUAAACACAUCACAGCCGUCCAUUCAUUAUCUUGGGUAUAAAGUGUUGAACAUGGCAGUAAAAACAUCACAGCCUUCCAUUCAUUAUCUCGAGUGUAAAGUGUUCACCAUGCAGUAAACACAUCACAGCUGUCCGACCAUUAUCUCAGGGGUGGUGUUCUGCACCGUACAGACCAACAUCUCAACUUCAUUCAUCAAUAAAGUAGUGUGUGUUCUCAACUUCAUUCAUCAAUAAAGUAGUGUGUGUUCUCAACUUCAUUCAUCAAUAAAGUAGUGUGUUUUCUCAACUUCAUUCAUCAAUAAAGUAGUGUGUUUUCUCAACUUCAUUCACAACAAGGUAGUGUGUGUUCUCAGCUUCACUCAUAACAAAGUAGUGUGUUCUCAUCUUCAUUCACAACAAGGUAGUGUGUGUUCUGUACCAGCACAGACCAACUUCUCAACUUCACUUAAAACAAAGUAGUGUGUGUUCUCAUCUUCAUUCACAACAAGGUACAUGUAGUGUGUGUUCUGUACCAGCACAGACCAACUUCUCAACUUCACUCAUAACAAAGUAGUGUGUGUUCUCAUCUUCAUUCACAACAAGGUAGUGUGUGUUCUGUACUAGCACAGACCAACUUAUCAACUUCACUCAUAACAAAGUAGAAAACCUAGGAUGAUAUACACUUGCUAAGCAUUCCAUUCCUAAUAUGUCAGUUGUUUUGGGGGGUUUUGUUUGUUUGUGUGUUAAUUUAUUCAGUAUUAAAAUCUCAUAUUUAAAAUAUA